AUGGAGCUCCGGCCACCCUGCACGCUGGUGGCGGGGCUGCUGCUGGCCCUCAUUUCCUCGGCCUCAGCCCAGCUUGGCCUCGGCAGCCAAGGCAAUGUGCCGACAUGCAAUACCACUGUGUCCGUGGACAGCCUCACAAGCCCCGGCGGGGUGAGCAGCUGCAUCAUUGUUACCAACCUCUUCCCCCGGCAGUGCGGCUGUGUCGCCAACACCUGCAAUCCCUCGGACCCCUAUGGCAGCGUCAACUGCAACAUCUGUCUCCGAGGAUGGGGAAUCUAUUCAUCCAUCGACGAGUGCAUGGGAGCGGGCGAGGUGGUGAUCAAUGCCGACCCCGUCUACCCCGAUCCCACGUACCCAACCCCGACCUGCCCCUCGACCGCCCCGACAGCGGAUGGGCGCACCGACUGCCCCUUCCUGGCUAGCGGUCUGAAGAGGUGGAACGAUCCCGCCACCUGGGGCGGCACAGUCCCCUCCCCCGGCACCUCGAUCACCCUCCCCGCCAACAGCAAGGUCCUACUCUCCGGAUGCAUGAUCAGCGCCACCGCGACCUACACCCAGGUCAUCAUCCCUGCCACCAGCGAGCUCAUCCUGGAUGACAACACCCUGGUGUGGAACCUGGGGUCCAUCGACGUGUAUGGUGCCCUGCGCGGUGGCAGCGCAACCUGCCGCCUCAACUCCCGCCUCACCUUCCUGUUCCACACCGUCAACGGGAUCAGCACCUUCCUCUUUGGCAUUCGCGUGCGACCCGGGGGGACCAUCCAGCUGCAUGGCGCGCUGUACACGCCCACCUGGACCCGGCUGGGGGCUUCCAUCACCCCAGGCAGCACCCAAGUCACCCUCAAGGAGGCGGUAAACUGGCAGCCAGGGCAGCAGGUGGCCAUCUCCACCACCAUCUGGAGGGACGCCCAGAACAACCAGAACGAAGUACGCACCAUCCAAUCUGUCUCUGCAGACGGCAAGACCCUCACCCUGACAGCAGGGACCCAGUUCUACCACUACGGGGGCGCCGAAUACCAGGCAGAGGUCGGCCUGCUCUCGCGCAACAUCCUGAUCGCUGGGGAGGCCAGCAUGGACUCCACCAAGCUGGGCCCCCACAUCCGGAUCGAGGGCGGCGGCAGCAUCUCUGGGACGCAGGUCUAUCGUGGCGGACAGUACAACGUCAUGGGUGCCUACCCCUUUCACUACCACCUGAUCGGCAACGGGGCCGGCAUGACUCUGUCGGACAACAGUGUCUACAAGUCCUACUUCCGGUGCUACGUGGUGCAUGCCACCAGCUUUGCCACGUUGAAGAACAACGUGGCGUUCAACAGUCAGGGGCACUGCUACUACUUGGAGGACGGCGUGGAGGAGCAGAACGUCAUCGACCGCAACCUGGCCAUGUUUGUCAACAUCCUGGGGACGCCCGCAGCGGGGAUCGACCAGAGUGGGGUGACGCUGACGACCUCGGGCACGGGCCUGGAGAACCCCUCCGACAGCUCGGCCGCGGGCUUCUACGUCACGAACCCCUAUAACACGCUGACCAAUAACGCCGCGUCAGGCGGCUACUCCGGCUUCUUUUACCCGGUCCUCCCCGCCCCCAUCGGGCUGAGCAGGAGCACGCAGCUGGUGCCCUCCCAGCGCCCCCUGCUCAAGUUCGACUCCAACACGGCGCACAGCUCAGGCUACUACUGGGAGAACGCUGGGUGCAUCUACUUUGGCGGCAAGCUGUACUACAACGGCAACGACCUCACCUACUACUCUGGCCGCGUGGAGUUUGACACCAGAGCCCUGGAUGGCGUCACCAAGGGCUUCAUGGACUUCACCAACACCAAGUCUUUCCUGUGCAUGUCGGGGCACAUGUCGUGGGGCGCGCGCAUGCAGCUCCUGAACUACACCGCGUACGACAUCGUCCGCGGGGCCACCAUGUUUGGAUCGGCUCUCAUCCAGGACGGGUACAUCCAGUACUCCUCUGCCAACCCCAACUCCGCGUUCCCAGGGGCCACCGCCGAUCUCCCUCCGGCAGCCGGCUUCCAGUGGUACGACACUAGCACCCAGACCAUCAUCGCCGACACCACCUUUGCAAACUACACCUACCAGCCCAGCCUGGGGACCUUCAGGCCCAGCGUGUUCUACAGCAUGACGCACAGCGACGAGUUCAAGCCGCUGUACAUGUCGGUGGCCAAGGACAUCUCCUACGUCAACGUGGACUACGACGCCAUCAUGCGGCUGGACGUGAAGCAGACGGGGGCCUCCCGCAUGUUCAACUUCAUUGACUGGGAUGGCAGCGUCACGCUGUCCACCGGACCCCAAAUUGUGGGCGGCUGGCCUACCUGGUGGAACCUGGCGUCGGACUGCUUCUUCCAGAGCAACUGGAACACGUGGACGUGCCCCCAGCGCGACGCCCAGAUCCCAGCAAGGCUGGAGUUCCGCGUCCCCGGGUACACCAACCAGUGGGGCACGGGCACUGCCGCAUCCCCCGACCCCAGCAACUACAUCGGCUUCAUCUCCCAGUUUGGGUACCAGGGCACGGCGGCGCGGAGCAUGGUCAUAACGAGGAACGAGGGCAUCACCGGUGUCACAGGGACCACUGGGUGGUAUACCCACAUCGACUCUGGCGCGCCCAAGACCUUCCAGCUGUACCUGACGCAGCUGCUGAAGGGGACCUCCAUCAUCUUUGCCACCCGCUACCCGGCAGGCACGACCUUCACCAUCUCGCGGCAGUACCAGUACUACCCUGGCAACAACGUGAACAUCGGCGCUGCCACCUCCCUCAGCGCCCUGGUCAGCAAUGCCAUGUCCACCUACUUUUUCGAUGGCACCUACCUGUACAUCAAGGUGGUCGACCCCGGCGAUGCCGAGACCGAGGGCUCGUUCUUCAGCAGGGCAGGCGCCUUCAUCCCUGGCACUCGCUACUUCAGCGGUGAGUCAUGGAUGCUGUCCGGUGACUACUGCGCGCAGACCUGUGGCAGUCAAACCUGGAUGAUUGAGGGGAACUACUGCGCCAGGCUCGUCUCCCAGUCCAACCCCGUCCCCCAGCCCGCCACCGACCACCUCGCCCAGCCCCUCCCCUGUCCCGUCACCCAGUCCUUCGCCGAGCCCAUCACCCAGCCCAGCGGCAUCCUCCAAACCUGGAUGAUCGAGGGGAACUACUGUGCCAGUGAGUCAUUCAUGACGAGCGGCAACUACUGCCAGAUAACCUGCGGCCGGUGCCCCACAGCCAGUCCCUCCGCCGCCGCAAACUCUAUCCUGGCGGGCUCGGUCUCGGAGCAGUCGCCUUCACCCUCUGCCUUCGCAGCACCGUCGCCCGUCGCGUUCGGGCCUCCGCCAUCGCUGGAGGAGGACAGCGUCGACUUCUUCGAGGACGAGCCGCCCCAGCUCAUCAGCCAGCGGUUGUCAGCACCCCUUGCUCCUGUCAGCCAGCUGCCACCUGCGGAGGAGGAGGACACUGAUGCCUUCCUGCCGCCUGUGGCGCCUAUCACUCUCACCGAGCAGUCUCCGGCAGCCGUCCCCGACGAGGUCCUUGGCGGGUUUGAGGAGGACGACGAGUCAGACCUCUUCAUGGAGGACGAGCCGUUGGGGCCCAUGGCCGAGGCCGUGACAGGGUUGGAGGCCUUCCUGACCGGCUACUCUUGCGAUGCCAAUGAGCUGGUGGACGGCACCUACUGCCAGCUCAGCUGCCAGCGAUGCUUCUGGAACGAGAAGGCGGCGAGCGAGAAGGCUGGCGCCCGGCUGGGCAAUCGCACGGGGUCCACUCCCACCCUGUCUGCCAAGAACAAGGGCGAAGAGACGUCGGCGGAGUCGCCCACGCACAUCAUCUUCAAGGACCUGAAGCUCCUGGCCGAUCACAACUAUGAGUCUGAAGAGGAAGGCACCCAGGAUCAGGAUGUCUCACCUGGAGGCUCGAUCAAGAUCACAGGAUCGUCUGGGGGAAAGCCGCGACUGAAGAGGGUGGACCGCCAGAAGCUGAUUGUGAUCUUGGUUGGACUGCCCGCUCGUGGCAAGACCUUUCUGUGCAACAAGCUCAUGUGCUACCUGAACUGGCUGGGCCACCCAACCCGCCACUUCAACGUCGGCAUGUACCGCCGCAACGCGGCCGACCAGGAGGAGAAGCACGACGCCGCCUUCUUUGACCCCGGCAACGCCAAGGGGCAGGAGGUGCGGCACAGGGCGCUGCUGGCGGCCCUGGACGACAUGGAGGCCUGGCUCGCAACAGACAGCGCGCAGGUGGCGGUCAUCGACGCCACCAACACGACUGAGGAGCGACGGGAGGAGCUGAAGUGCCGCUUCCAUGGCACUUGGCAGUACCUGUUCAUCGAGUCCAUCUGCAACGAUGAAGUGGUCCUGCACCAGAACUACAAGUGGAAGAUGCUGUACAGCCCUGACUACAAGAACAUGGAUCCAAAGGAGGCCUGGGAGGACUUCACUGCUCGGAUCAAGAAGUACGAGGCGAUAUACGAAACCAUCACAGACCGCCGCCUGCACUACAUCAAGCUCAUAGACAUGGUCACAGGCAAGGGGUACAUGGACGUGAACCGUAUCUCCGGCUACAUUCCGGGCAAGAUGGUCUUCUUCCUCAUGCAGGUUUGCAAGGGCCUGGGCCAGCGCCGCCGCAUCUGGCUCACGCGGCAUGGGGAGUCGGAGUACAACACCAUGGGCAAGAUCGGAGGAAACAGCGGCCUGAGCCUGAGGGGCCAGGUGUAUGCGCGCCUGCUGCCCCAGAUCCUGAUGGACAGGGUGGUGCCGCUGGCGGGGUCGGCGCCGCCGCCUGUGGCGGUGUGGACCUCCACCCUGGCGCGCACCAUCAUCACCGCCUCAGGGCUGCCCUUCCCCAAGGUGCAGUGGAAGGCGUUGGACGAGAUCCAGGCGGGGAUCUGCGAGGGCAUGACGUACCGCGAGAUCGCGGCGCGGCUGCCCGGCGAGUACGAGCUGCGCCGGCGCGACAAGCUGCGCUACCGCUACCCCUCUGGCGAGUCGUACAUGGACGUCAUCCAGCGCCUGGACCCGGUGAUCAGCGAGGUGGAGCGGGAGCGGGAGUGCGUGUGCAUCGUGGCGCACCAGGCCGUCCUGCGCGCGCUGUACGGAUACUUCAUGAACAGGCCGCUGGCGGAGGUGCCCAGCCUGAACAUCCCGCUGCACACCAUCAUGGAGCUGACGCCGCAGCCCGACGGCACCAUGGCCGAGACGCGGUUCGAGGUGGACGUGGACCUCGCCGCGGCGAGGGAGGGGCUGGCGGGUGAUGGCGGCGGGGAAAAGGGCGGCGACCACCAGAAGGCUGCCCGCGGCAUGCCGCGCUCCGCCUCCCUCGCCGAGCUGCGCGCCAAGUCCUUUGUGCGUCAGCUCGAUGCGUUUGGCAGGCUCAGCUCCGACUCCGACGACCCGGGCAGGCUCAUGCCCUGA